AUGAGCUGCGUUAAGAUUGGAAUUUCUCAGACUUAUAACACAAGCUCAACAUCCACAACAACCACAACAACAACUGAAAUUGCGAUGACAACUAACAAUAUAGAUGUGAAUACCACUGGCAGUCCAUGGCCAGAGGAAGCCAGCACUCCUGCCCAGACAUUUCCACCACGCAAAACACAAAAGCCGCCAACAACUGCAGUUCCUAGACAGAGGACUACAACUCCAGUAACUGGAACAGAUGCUACCAAGUCCAAGAAUGUCACAACAGGAGGAAUAACUGUGACGUCUCGAAAGGAUUAUGGUUUUUACUAUUGCGACUGUGAUCUUCAUGCGGAUUUAUGCGAAAUAAACUGCUGCUGUGAUCGCGAUUGUCCGACACAAACUAUGCAGGUCUUUAACUGUUUGCAAUCUUCUGUGGCGCCACAGCUGCAGACGCGUCUUGAAGAUUUCCAAUACACUCAUGGUCUGCCGACGUGUCAGCUCCAUGACGGCUGGCUGUGCGUCUUUCGCAGCAAUACAAAGCCAGCGAAAUUACAGCUUCCCAGCAACAAUUUCGAUGCGGAUCAGUACAAAAAGUGGCCGGAGUUGAUUAGCGCCUUUGAGGAGCAGUUAAUGCCGGCACAGCUCACGGCACAUUAUAAAUUUGGACAGGCGCUACAAUUGUGGCAGCCAGAGAGCAAACAUCUGUGCGACUUUGAGCUGCCCAUGGCAUAUGAGAGCUCCAAUUGUCAGCUGAAGCAAACGCUGCGCCACUUGGCACCCAUGCAGAGCAACUGCCUCAUGAGCGAUGCAACAGAAAUGCAGAGUCAUCUCUGGACACUGCUCAACCUGACCAGCAGUCAUCAGUUGUUGACGAGGCCACGCGAUCUGGAGGAUCAGGAUGUGCAGGGCAUAGAUAUUGAAAUAUGCCAACAACUGUUGAUACAACCACAAGUGUUGUGUGGAAAUGGGACUCAUGUGGACAUAAUGGUGGACAGCGUGGAGCUGCAAUUGAUGCACAACUAUACACACAUCCUGGCAGCCAAGCUGCUGCUGAAGGAAGCCAGAUUGCAGGAGGAGAAUGAGGAACUUUGGCUAAGGUACGAACUGAUUUACAAGACUGCAACUGAUGAGCUGGCCAAACCCAGUUCGGGACCACUUGGUUAUCUGCAAGGAUCCCCGCUUCUUCUAGCCACGCUUCAGCCUCAAAACAGCAGUGAUAAGAAGAAUUCGCUCAGUUACUUCCAUAAGAAUGUCACCCAGAGACAUCAUCACUGGCUGACGCUUUGCCAAAACAGCGUUGUCAACUUUGGCGUGGAUCUGUCCAAGAAAUGCCAAUUGCGACAGUUAACUCCAGUUCAUCCGGAGCACGGCAAUCACACGGAUUACUGCAAGCAAUUGCAGGUUCAUAUUUGGCGUAAGUUGCUGCCACACAAUUGUACUCAACUGGAUGAUCUUGGCCAGAUAUUUGUCUCGCAAUUGGGCAGACCUCAGUUGGACAAGUGGCUGCCACUUCAGCUGGACGCCCAGCAGAUGCUGCCCAUCCAGGGCAUCUAUAACGAGGAGCAGCAAAGUCUCAGCUGUCGCAAUAUGUUGCUCAGCGUCAGCUACGAGUUCCAUGUGGCUGAGAUGACGCUGCUCGAGGGUCAGGUGCCGCACCAGAAUGUGCUGCAACAUGCCAAGCUGGUGCUGGGACAACGACAUGAUCUCGAGCUCGAUGCGGCCGAACAGCUGGUGGAGCUACCCUUGUCCGUCUCCGUGAUGUUCUUCAAGGCGCGACUUAACUCUGGAUAUCUGCCAAUCCUCUCCAGCGGAUUGCUAACUAUCUUUGCUAUAACCUGGCUACAUUUGCUUACCUAAUGAAAAUAUACAAAUACCCAUCUUAUAAAAUUCAGCUUUAGCAUUGAAUUUAUUUUUGAUGUCAUGUUGUGGAUGAGUUAACGGAUAACG